GUUUACUGCACGUGCGGUUUCGGGGUUAACAAUGCUUGUUGGUGGUUUCUGUUGCCAGUUGUUGGUUCCGUCCGAUGGCGGUUAUCUGCCACGCUGCGUCCAUGUCCGUGAUUCGUUCGCUUUCUGCACGGAGGCCUACAGGUUUGUGACACCGACCACCGACCUCGCCAGUCCCCCUCCACCAUUCUGUGCAACUCCUCGCUCUUUUUAUUCUAAAACAAAUCCCCAUCCCUGAUCGGUCCUCACCUCAACAUCGCCUCCAACUAUCCCCAGUGAGCAACAACAACAACGAUGGACCUCGCAACUUCACUCCUCAACUGCCUCUGCGGCUGCGAACGCAACCUCCAACCCAACCACCACCACAACCACCACCACACCCACAACAACUACAGCCCAAUAAUCACCGAGAAACAACCCACCAUCGAACCCCCUCCCACUCCCUCCCACCCCACCAAACACGCCACCCAAAUCCUCACCAUCCUCCUGCACGCCCCCUCCCCCGGCCCCGACGCCACCCUCACCCCGCUCAUCACCGCCGAAGUCUCGGCCGCCGACUGGACCUCCUACCUGGCCGAGCGGGUGCUGCACGGCAUCGAAGCAGCGCUGAAGGGGGACCACGCGACGUGGGGCGAAGCGAUCCGCGAAGCGUACGCACACGCGCGGGAGCUGGCGCGGGCCGAGCUGGCCCAGCUGUGGGAGUACGUUCGGGAGCACCCCGUCGAGGUCGCCGCCGAGGUGCUACUGACGGUCAUGGCGCUGGGGGUGCUGGCGCGGCUGGUGCCUGGGCUGGUGCGCGUGUUGGGGUUUGCGCGGCUCGGGCCGGUUGAGGGUUCGUUCGCGGCGUGGUGGCAGCGGUUGUAUGGAGGAUACGUGCCGAAGGGAUCGUUUUGGUCGUUUUUGCAGCGCAUGGGUAUGACUUGGGACUGAGUUGGCAGGGGUCGGGUGCGGAUAGUUGCUAUCAGUUGGGGGCGAAGUGGGUUAACCACUAAGGUACAACAGGGAGGCCGCGUCCCUUGUGCUUACCGGUGCUGAGUUCUCCGCGGAUGGAUGCCGGUAGGGUUGUUUUUAAGUGUCCUUUGAAGCGGUCAGCUAUCAAAAGUGUCAUGGUACUGUUCGUUGUCCCGGCCUUGAAGUUAAACGCGUGCCGUUCCCCAGCAAGCAAAGGAAUGUCCCAGGCAGUGGCUCCCAAUUCAAGCCUCACAAUUCAAGG